AUAAUUGAUAAAUAUGACACAAAAGUGAGAAUAUUAGGGAUGAUGAGCUUCAUGGCAUCCCUCAAGAAGGAGAACGUGUGAGGAUGAGAGAUAUGAACAGCAGUUUUCACUCCUCUCACUGUUGCCACCCACUUACGUUGGCGCGUUAUGUAAUUCUGUACCAAGCAUUACCUAACACAACUGCAGCUCCUCCACUGGAGGAUGAUGGGCAUCAUCAUCAUCAUCAUGAACGGGGCUCACGCGCACACACUCACGCAUCCCUCAUAUCUGGGUGCUUGACUUUAAAAAAAAGGCUCUGGGAAUCCCAGAGGGUAAAAACAUCCCAGGCGCGCGGGCACGACACCAGUUCAGCGGCGCGCGCGCUCUCGGCAGCCUCAGCUUGCAGAGAGGAACGCUCCCAACACUGCCACAGCUAUGCCGCACCUACCCGGGGCGUCUGUCCCCGCACGGAUAAACUACCUCAGGUGAUCAGCACGCGUCCAGCCUGUGCGUGUCCGCCGUGCCAUGCGGACGGCGUGUCCGCGCGUCGAGAAGCGCAGCGCCGAGCGGCACAGAGGAGCGGCGCGCACACCGACAGCGGGCUGUUGCAGCAAGGCGGCAUCAUGGAGACUGGAUGUGUGGUUGCCGCGGUGAUUGAGAAUGCUGCCUCAGGACCCCAGGGAGAACCAGGAAGUGGUGACGUCCUUGAAGGAGAUAAACUCCCAUCUGCGGACUUGGAGAUGAGCAAUGCCUUACUUCCAGCUACCAGCAGCACUCCUCCAGAAGAGAGGCAGCCAGUAGAAACAUCCAGUGCCAUGGUGAGGACUGAUGACAUCACAGAGCUCCCCGCAGAGCCGCUCCUGCGCUCCUGCGUCAGCACAGCCAGCAUGAAGGUCAAGAACAUGAAGAAGUUAACGUUCCCCAGAGGUCACUUCCCCAGGUUGGCAGAGUGCGCCCACUUCCACUAUGAGACUGUAGAUUUUGGCAACGUACAGCUGACCUUUGCAGAGGAGCAGAAUGAAGGGCCAAAGGUCGGUCUGGACUCCAAAGAACUAGUCUUUCUGAUCCAGAUCACUUGUCAGGGAAGAAACUGGAUAGUGAGGAGAUCCUAUGAAGACUUCCGGGUGCUCGACAAACACCUGCACUUGUGCAUCUAUGACCGCCGUUACUCCCAGCUCCCUGAACUUCCAAGACACAGCUCACUGACUGACACCUUUGAGUCGGUUGCAGCAAUGUUGGCAGCCUACCUGUCGCGCUUUUCUGCCAUCGCAGACAACAAGAUCAACUGUGGUCCAGUGCUGACGUGGAUGGAGAUCGACAACAAGGGGAACCAUCUGUUGGUGUCAGAAGAAGCAUCGAUCAACGUCCCCGCCAUCGCUGCCGCCCACGUCACAAAACGCUACACAGCUCAGGCCACCGACGAGUUAACCUUCGAGGUGGGGGACAUUGUGUCAGUCAUCGAUAUGCCUCCUAAGGAAGACACAGGCUGGUGGAGAGGGAAGCAUGGCUUUCAGGUCGGUUUCUUCCCCUGUGAGUGUGUUGAGCUCAUAAACGAGAAGAUCCCCUCUACCGUACAGAGCACCAUGCCGAAGCCAGUGUUUAAGAAGCACGGGAAGCUGGUCACCUUCCUAAGGUCGUUCAUGAAGUCUCGGCCGCCGCCACAGAAGCUCCGGCAACGCGGCAUCCUGCGAGAACGAGUGUUUGGGUGUGACCUCGGGGAGCAUCUCCACAACUCCGAACAUGAAGUCCCACAGGUGGUCAAGAGUUGUGCCGAGUUCAUUGAGAAGAACGGAGUGGUGGAUGGAAUCUACAGACUCUCAGGGAUUUCCUCCAACAUUCAAAAACUGAGACAUGAAUUUGACUCAGAGCAGAUCCCAGACCUGAGCCGGGAUGUGUUCAAGCAGGACAUCCAUUCAGUGGGCUCCCUGUGCAAGCUGUACUUCAGAGAGCUGCCCAACCCUCUGCUCACCUACCAGCUCUAUGAUAGAUUUUCAGAAGCUGUGUCUGCCGCCACGGAUGAGGAGAGACUGGUCAAAAUCCACAAUGUCAUCCAGCAGCUGCCUCCUCCACAUUACAGGACACUAGAAUUCCUCAUGAGGCACCUCUCCCGCCUGGCUACCUUCAGCAGCACCACUAACAUGCACACGAAAAACCUGGCCAUCGUUUGGGCGCCCAACCUGCUCAGGUCCAGACAGAUCGAGUCAGCCUGUUUUAGCGGCACGGCGGCGUUCAUGGAAGUGCGCAUCCAGUCGGUGGUGGUGGAGUUCAUCCUCAACAACACGGAGACUCUUUUCAGCCCCAAACUCAACACCAUCAUUAGAGAAAGCACUGGUAAAAGCACCUUAUCCAGACCAAAGUCCCUGAUGGUUUGCUCCCCUUCCACCAAGCUGUUGUCUUUGGAGGAAGCCCAGGCUCGGACUCAAGCGCAGCUUGGUUCGCCGGCUACCACGCCCUGCCUCACCCACAGCGACUACAUCGAGGUCGGGGAGGGGCCUGAAGCUCUCCUCGGCAAGUUCCACACAGUCAUCGAGCUCCCAGUGGAGAGCACUAAGCGGCUUCCUGCCAAGGCUAAGAAAUCUCCUGUGGGGAACUGGCUCUCUUUUUUCCACCUGGGCAAGUCACACUCUGUGUCCAAGCGUAAACUGAAGCGACACCCCAGUGAACCAAAUGAGAUAAAAAGCAUUGCACUGCCAGGCGGACGAGGACAUGGCGGCACAUUGCGCUCCACCAAAAGUGAAGAAUCUCUCACUUCUUUACAAAAUUUAGCAGGGGAUCGCUCGAGUUAUCGCCCUCUACGACCUCGUUCAACAAGUGGGGCCAUUUCUCCAGUCAGCAGAGAAGAUCUGCACAAGACCAGGAGUAAAGAUGACAUUGGAAGCCCUCAACUAAAUGAAGAGCAGAGCGAUGAAGAUCUAGUCUGCACUCCAGGUGUUUCGCCUCCAAACAUGGAAGACGAUCUGGACCUUUUUCCACCAGCUGCAGGCAUUUCUUCCUUAGACUUUGACCCCAUGAGUUUUCAGUGCAGCCCUCAGUCGGUAACGCCUGCACUGCAACGCAACAGAGAUGGGAGUAAAUGGAGGAGAAAUGCCGGCUGUUCCAACGAGUCUGAGCCUGUCUCCCCUCCAAACAACAUCGGUAGCCCGCACUCACCAGAUGUCAGCCCUGUUCUUGGUAAAGGUGGGAAGAAGAUUACCUCUAAGCAGCUCUCUCCCAAAUUGAAGAAAAAAUCAUUUAAAAUACUGGCAGAUGGUCAAACUACCUCUGCCUCUCUGCCCCCUGAGCCCAAUUCCUCUCCCCAAGUAGAUAAGACUAAGCCUCCAGUGGCAGAUGGAAAAGAGUCCAGAGUGUCCUUUCAACGGCGCAGCCCGCACAGCUCUGCAAGUCAGAUGUCAGCCAUGACAGACAUUGGUCAGUCUGCACAGAACCUGCCUGAUCCAGGAACAGAUAGACUUAUGAGUUCAGUGUCUGUUCUUCCUCCUCAUCCUCCCUUGACGAGUGCUGCACGCAAGUUGGCCUUGGCCCUGGCUGAAUCUGCCCAGAAGGCCGCCAGUGGCCCCCAAAGAAAAAGCAACACCCCGCUGCAUCUUAACCAGAGACAGGAGGUGCAUCACCCACCAAGACCCUCGGUUCUGGACGUCAGAGGGUGUCCCCAGGAGUACUGCUUCUCUCGGAAGUCCCCCGUUUCCCUGUGGCAAAGGCCCUCGGAGACGGGCUGUGGCCCUGACCCUGCUCACUUACAGCGCUUGCAGCUGAACGUCAGUGACGGCCAAGAAAGCACAUGUAAUUUCACUCCUAACGUCAGUCCUCUUGGAUCCGGGAGCUUCGACGAAGGCAGCACAGAGGGAAGGGAACACAGAGAGGGCAAAGAAUCUGAAGAUGUCGCACACGGUGAGCACAUGUAUCACAGUGUUGGGGUGUCAACACCCUGUCAGCCUUUCUGCCCAGCCCGGAGCCCAACAGCUUCUCCUAUAUACGCUAACACUGACUCCGUAGAUGUUUUUAAUUUCCGCGCUGUUCUAGCAGAGUCAUCUAUGCCAGCCUCCAUCGAGGAAGUUUUCCCCCGACACUUACAAACUGCCUCUUCUUCUCAUCUCUACUGCUCAGAAGGAGACAGAGUUCUGGACGUCUUGACCCAUCGUGCCGAGGAUGCCUACAGUAAGCACCGAUCACAUCGUCACUUGCCAAACUAUUCAGGAAUGAUGCCUGAGAUGCGCUGCCAACGGCCCAGUGCUUUGCCGCCACACCUCACUAGACCUAAAGGCUUGUACAGGCAAUCCUCAGAGAGCCGGUAUAGUACUUUCGGUCUCAGGCAACCGUUGUCACCUCAAUACAGACGCUUACAUAAAGAUGAGCACCUUAUCAGCGGCUGCCACAGACAGCGAGGGCAAUGGCAAAGGCCAGAAGAUAGAGUGAUGGCGCACCCGGCCAUCCGGAGGGCUCGCUCCUUUCACGCCCCCCACGUUAGCCACUACGAUUUACCAGAUACAGAGGUCCUGCGCUCUGAUGCCAUGUUUUAUCUUGAGCAAGCCGCAAGUCACGACGCUCCUUAUCAAAGGCUGAUUCAGACCGGCCUUCACUCUGUGCGGCCACAGUUUGACAACACUGAGUUUUACUACAGACCCUGCACAGAUGUGAAUCCUUCAGAAGGCCAGUUUUGUUCUGGAGAGCCCUGUCUGCCAACAGGGGUCCAUCAUAGUCAGUCUUACACAAUUCAAUCCUCUAGAGGAGGACAGUCAGAUUACUACAACUAUUCUCCACACGGCGUUUCCCCAAUGAACAGGGAGCUCAUCAUGGAGAGCAGGGACACUGUUGUGUAUGAGGCUAGAGAUGCAGAAAGCCUAGGAGUUGUAUAUCAGCCAAUCAAGCAUGAGAGUAAAUCCCGACAUAAAAACACAUAUCAAGUCGUUUCUUCCUUUGAGAGUCCUGUUUCUCCUGCUGACACGAGAAGCAGGGACAUAGUGCACACAAGGAGCAAGUCAGAUCCAGGAGAUGCCAGCCUCCUUUCCAACAGUAAGCCAGACACUCUGAAGGAGGUAACUUCGCCCACAACCCCGCCCACGUCUAAGGUCGAUCCUGAGGUCCAAGGGAGCACUCACCGCUCUGCUGUGGACUCCAGACUGCUGAGACAGAUCAAACAGGGUUCCUCACAGCAGCAAGGGCUUCGCAAAGUCCCUUCACUUCCAGAAAAGGGUUUCCCCAACUUAAAGACCAUGGAACCGAACGACAGAAGCCACAGGGGGGGUCAGGACCAGGAUCUUUUAAUGGUGCACAAUAGUUCCUCUGUUAUGAGACCCACUAUCCUCAAGAGACCUAGGCGCUCCCAGAGCACUAGAGAACACCGUCACUACUAUCACCACCACACCAAAUCACCUCUGGAUCCCGAGUAUCGGGAAUGCUGUUCCGCUCAGCCCAACAGAAGGACUCAAAGCACCAAGGUUAGGCCAACACAGUAUGACCACAUGGAGGGGUACUUUGCUGCACCUAGACACAAACCUACUAGAUCCACUAAAGCAGGGGUAGGGUAUUUACCUGGCCCGUCUUUACACGGGCGGAGACUGUUGUCAAACGUUCUGGGCCAUGAGGCCUUUUAUCGUGCUCCACUGAGAUCAGAGGCAGGCGUCUACGAGUGAUUCUCACCCCUACUUUGUAUCUGUUUCCACAAUGGGGGCCAAAGGAGGAUUGCACUUUAUCCCCAUCCAGACCAACAGACUGUUGUCUUUGAAGUGUGAUUGUUUUAACUUUAAGGAGCUGCUAUCAUAAUGUGAAACAAAAUGUUGAUGAAGAUCUCAUUCAUUAAGGUGACAUUGACUUAAAGUUGAGAUCUGGACUUAUAGCCUUGUCUUCAUGAAACGUUUUGCCACUCAUCCAAGGAGUUUUACCAGUCUGAGUGAGGCUGGGUUCAAGCCCCACAGAUACCUUCUAAGUCAACACAUUCUCACUCUCAACUCUUCACAUAUUGACAUUUGGCUGAAGACUCCUCCGUGUCCCUUUUUGACAUUUCGGGUGUCCCAAACUUGUUUUUUGAUGUGCUGGUUCCCAUUAAAUCACGGGUCCCCAGCCUCCAAGCCGCGAAACGGAAUCAGUACCAGGAUGCAGAGCAAACCAAUACACUAACCCAGUGCUGGUACCUUAACCCGGUGCCAGUUCGCGUUCAUUACUGUGUCUGGUGUUGUGUUUGGUGCUGGGUUAAGGUUAGGGUACCAAUACCAGGUUAGGGUACCAGUACCGGCAGUGUCCCAAGGACCAGUCCACGUACGGUAUUGCAUCCAAUACCGCGUACUGAGGGUUGUGGACCCUUGAUUUUACAAACAGCCAGCACAUCAAAAAACGACAAGUUGGGGACACCCAAAACGUCAAAAAGUGAUGCGGAGGGGUCCUUAACCAAACGUCAGUAUGUGAUGAGUUGGGAGUGAAAAUGUGCUGUCCAAGUGGGUUACUGUGAGGUUAACCUCUGCUAACCUCUGCGUUUUCGUUGAUGAGGAAGAAAUUUAUCAAAAACUCAAAUUGGAAUUUAGUUUAGUAAAAGUUGGAUCAGACUUGUUCAGAGAUUAUUGGGUCUUGGGCAUGCAAAGACAAAAGGCUCUUAAAAUACAGUUCACUUAUAUACCUUGCAAAUUUAAAAAGUCUUCACUUUAUAUAUAAACUUGUUAUUCCCCACAUUUCUACAAUUGGAUAGUGUCAUUAAGGGCAGCAAAGAAGGGGAGACCAGGACAAUGGACGAUUAAGCUACUUAAAUGUGGGGCAAAAUGUUUCAAGAAGAGAACCCAAUAAGUCCAGAGGCAACGGCUCAACUUCAAGACGGUGUGAAAGAAGGCUGCUGCUGGGACCACGCUGUCACUGGCAGAAAAAAAUUUUGUGGUGGGAACAAACCACAUGCAGAAAGUGUCGCUAAUUUCAAAGUCUGGAAGUAACUGUAAGAAGCAUGUUUGAGAAAAAGACUUCCGACAUGUUUUAUUUAAUGUCUUAACUUCGUAAAAAAGGGAUGACAAGGUAUUAACUGGUUUCAUUAAAGUUGUUUAGAGCUAUAUAUUAAAAAAAACAUUCAUUUUAAAUGUAUUAUAUUUGUAUAAAAACACAGCUAACAUGUGGCUAACGUACUGUACAUUUUGUUUUAUAUUCUAGUCUGCUCAGACUUCAAGAAGCACUUUUGAAGAUAACUGUGUUUAAACACAUUGUCUUAAUGUGAUGUACAUGGAGACUCUUGAUAUACAUAUAUAUUUUUUCUGUAAGACAAAAAAAAAGCAGCUUGCUUGAAUUCAUUGUUUAAGGCAAAAAAAAUUGCACUUUUGCUGGGUAAAAUUAAGGGUAAAUGAUAACUUUCUAGGUUUUCAUGUUUUUUUUUUUUUUUUUUGCAUAUUGUAUCUUGCAGCCUUUGAAACAAAACGUAUGAUCUUUGUGAGUCAAAGCUGCCAUGGCAAAAUAUGCUCGACUUAAAUGCAACUCAGCUCAUGCAGUCAGGUGGAAAAAACGUAUUUUGUAUUGCAUUGUGUUUUUUUUGUCACAGGAAGUAAAAUCCCAUCCUCUUUAUGGAGAACUUUUAACAAUGUGCCGUUUUUAAUUGAUUAUGACCUUUUACUCAUCAAAUGUGCUAUUUCAAAUCAAAACAUAUAGAUACUUCAAGUCUGUUAUGUUUAAAUAAUUACUUAUUUUAGUGUAAAUGAAUCAAAAAAUAAAGAUAUAUUAUCAGUUA